ACUCUUCGUAAGAAACUACGAAAGAUGUCCAAGCGCACGAAGAAGGUCGGCAUCGUCGGCAAGUACGGAACUCGCUAUGGUGCGAGUCUCCGCAAGGUCAUUAAGAAGAUGGAGGUCAGCCAGCACUCCAAGUACUUCUGCCACUUCUGCGGCAAGUACUCCAUGAAGCGCCAGGCUGUCGGCAUCUGGGGCUGCAAGGCCUGCGGAAAGGUCCAGGCCGGUGGUGCUUACACCCUCAACACUGCUUCGUCGGUGACCGUCCGGUCCACGAUUCGCCGUCUUCGUGAGCAGGUGGAGGCCUAAAUACACCUACAUGUAACGAUUACUCGGCCCCUGCACCAUGGUUCUAUUGGAUCAUUGCAGCCCAACCUGACGAAAGGCUGUGCUCUU